ACAACCAAAUAAACACAUCUCUCUUCCUCUUCUUCUUCUCUCUCCUACUUUCUUAGAGAUCAUUCGAUUUCACGAUCAGAUAGACUUAUAUUAUUAUAUUCAUAAAUUUUUAAAUACUUAUCCAGUCGAUUUCACAGUCAAACAAUUUUACAUACAACAAUAUGGAAAUCGAGCCAAGUGCACCUCAAAUCGCGGGGAAGAAACUAUGGAACAUAGUUAGAAUUAUGUUGUACAUGCUAAGGAAAGGCAUGUUAAAGAGCAAAGUCAUUCUAGACAUACAAAUUACCUUUCAAGACAUGUUAAAAAGAGGUAAAAUCGCGGGUAAGGCGAUAAGCAAUCUUAUGUUACAUCCUCCACAUUGUUCAUCGUCUUCAUUUACAUGCAUAUCAAACAACAACAACGACGUUGCAAUGUCAUUUAUCACACGUCGUGAGUACGAGUUUAGCUGCAGUAAUAGUCCUAAAUUUCCCCUGUAUUUCGCCAAUAAUAAACGUAGGCGAAAUCGUAAAGGGGAAAUUGAUGUUGUACAAAAAGUAUUUGAAAUAUUAAAUACAACAAGUACAAGUCAUGAAGCUGGUGGUACAACUUCUAUUGCUGUUGCUUCACCUUUAGCAUUACUUGGAUUUGGUAAAAGUCCAAAUAAUGUGAGAAAAUUAAGAGUUACUGAUUCACCAUUUCCAAUUAAAGAUUCAGAGGAAAAUUAUAAUUCACAAGUUGAUAAAGAUGCUGAAGAAUUCAUUAAGAAAUUUUAUAAAGAUUUAAAGCAACAAAGAAAAAUAGCAUCUCUUGAAUCUCCAUCUCCAUAUCAUGUUUAUGCUAGAUGAAAAAUUAAAAAAAUAUUGUGUAAUAAAUUAGUAAUUUUUUUUUAUUUCCUAAAGUUUUUUUUUUGGGACUAGGGGUUCCAUGACUACCUUCAUUGACACACAAAGUCAAGUUCGUUCGUCUUUUUGGUAUGAAGCGCUUUAUCUGACCAACUAUAAAAUGGAUAUCGAAUAUCAGAUACCAAAUGAGAAAUAAAAGAAAUUGAAAUUAUAUUGCUUAUUUUAUUUUUAUUUUUAUUUUUUUGACUUUUUCAAAGUUUUUUUCUUUGUGUUAUGAAAUUGAAGGUGGGACAUUAGUUUGCUUAAGAGAUGUAUGUGCUUUGAUCCUAUAAACCAAAAAAGGGCAACUCUUUGUUUUUA